AUGGUCAGACGUAUUGAAGGUACGAUCGACUAUGAAAAACACAAUGAAGUUCUCAAUGAUAAUCAUAAAAUUCUCAUUUAUCUCGAUGAUAUGACAUUAACAGAUAUCGCUUCUCAAGACGGUCCGUACAUACGUCGAUUUCAUACAAUAUCAAAAUUAAUCUUAGAAAAUCAAAGGCAAACCUUCCCAAUCACAUUUACUCUUGAAUAUGAUGAGAAAGAUGUGGAAAAGUCAUCGAAUUAUUCCUUACGAGUACGAAUUGUUGCCGAUGGUAAAACGCGAUUCAUAACCAGUUCGAAUGUUCCUGUAUUGACAAAGGGCUAUGGUGAUAUGGUUGACAUAAAAGUAGAAAAGAUUGAUUUGAUGUGA